GCUCCUGUUCUGCUCAGACCGUGUCCUGUAUACGCUGGCCGUUACCACCUCCUGCACUCUACUUCUGUUGCUGCCCGUGCAGCUGCGGCCACUGCCUGGCUAUAAAGACGACGAGCCGGCCUGCGGCAGCAUCUUCCGCGCUUCCGCCUCUGCAGCCGCGACAUGCCCCGCUGCUGCUUGCUCCUGUUCGCCGUGGCUGCCUUCGCCAUCCUGGUGGAGAGCCGCCCCGCCGACACUGACACUGGGUCAAGCAGCCCGGCGGAAGCGGGGGGCGACACUGGGAACAACGGCUUCCACUUCAGCGGUGCGGUCCGUGAGUUCUUCACAGGUCUCCGCUCGGGUAACGCCACGCACGACUCGCAGCAGCCGCACCACUCGCCGCUGAGCGCUCUGCGGGAAGCAGCGGUGGGCGCGAUCCAGCGCGCGAGGCCGCCAGGAGCCGAAGGCGAAGGCGCCGGCGGCGGCGAGGGGACCAGCGCCUAGCCUCACCCACUGUAGUCUUCCUUAACGGCAA